ACUUCCGGCGCUGGGUUCUAGCUCGGCCUGACUCUGGCUCCGCCCACGUAGGUCACAGAGGUGAGCUUUUACGCACUAUCUUAGCCACACUUCCGGCAGGGGCUGCUAAAAUCAUUUCGGUGCACAUUGAAUAAGCGCAGAAGGAAGAAAGUAUUCUGCAGCCCUGGCCACAGUACUUUGCUGACACUUUCCGGGGGACUCCCUGACUCUUCCCAAGACAGAUGGGGGAAGCUUCAUUAAAUCCACUCCUCGCUAUUAAAUGAAAUGGUGUGGAAUAUAAGCGGAUUUAGGUACUACGAAGCUUGAGCAUGGACUUGCUGUCCUCCCACCUUAUAGUUCUUGGAAACACUUCCGGUGGCCUGUCCCAGGCUAGGAAUAGCCCGGUGUAUACCAUCAACCUGCCUGGCGUCUCCUUGCCUUAGCACCCCAGAGACCUCUUGCAAGCUAUCUCUCCGCCACCAUAGGCUGGAGGUUCCCACGUAAAUUUUUCCUUCCUCCCUAGCCGGGAAAGCUCCUUUCACUUCCGCUCGCCCGCCCGCCAGCCCCGCCUCCCCUCCCCCCCGCUGGGUCCUAGCGCCGGCCCUUCUCUAGCAGUGUCCCGGGCUCCGUCCGAGGGAGAAGCUGCCGCUGACACCACGGAGCCAGCCUAAGUCCUCUCAGAGAAGCCCCGCCCACCAAGGCGAUGGAGGUGGAGGCUGCCGAGGCCCGGUCCCCAGCCCCCGGCUACAAGCGCUCCGGCCGCCGCUAUAAGUGCCUGUCGUGUACCAAGACAUUUCCAAAUGCGCCCAGGGCAGCGCGCCAUGCUGCCACACACGGGCCUGCAGACUGCACAGAGGAGGUGGCUGAGGUGAAGCCAAAGCCGGAGACAGAACCCAAGGCAGAGGAAGCCAGUGGGGAGAAGGUGUCAGGUUCAGCGGCUAAGCCUCGGCCCUAUGCGUGCCCGCUGUGCCCCAAGGCCUACAAGACGGCACCUGAGCUGCGCAGCCAUGGGCGUAGCCACACGGGUGAAAAGCCCUUCCCAUGUCCCGAGUGUGGCCGCCAUUUCAUGCAACCGGUGUGCCUGCGCGUGCACUUGGCCUCACACGCUGGUGAGCUGCCCUUUCGCUGCUCACACUGCCCCAAGGCCUAUGGCGCGCUCUCUAAGCUCAAGAUCCACCAGCGUGGUCACACAGGCGAGCGGCCCUACGCCUGCGCCGACUGCGGCAAGAGCUUCGCUGACCCCUCGGUGUUCCGCAAGCACCGGCGCACACAUGCAGGCCUGCGGCCUUACAGCUGCGAGCGCUGCGGCAAGGCCUACGCUGAGCUCAAGGACCUGCGCAACCACGAGCGGUCCCACACAGGUGAGCGGCCCUUCCUCUGCUCCGAGUGUGGGAAGAGCUUCUCCCGCUCGUCCUCACUCACGUGCCACCAGCGUAUCCACGCGGCGCAGAAACCCUAUCGUUGCCCGGCCUGUGGCAAGGGCUUCACGCAGCUCAGCUCCUACCAGAGCCACGAGCGCACUCACUCUGGCGAGAAGCCCUUCCUGUGCCCGCGGUGUGGCCGCAUGUUCUCCGACCCGUCGAGCUUCCGGCGCCAUCAGCGGGCUCACGAGGGCGUGAAGCCCUACCGCUGCGAGAAGUGCGGCAAGGACUUCCGGCAGCCGGCAGACCUGGCCAUGCACCGGCGGGUGCACACGGGCGACCGACCGUUCAAGUGCCUGCAGUGUGACAAGACGUUUGUGGCGUCCUGGGACCUCAAGCGGCACGCUCUGGUGCACUCAGGCCAGCGACCCUUCCGCUGUGAGGAGUGCGGGCGGGCCUUCGCCGAGCGUGCUAGUCUCACGAAGCACAGCCGGGUGCACUCGGGUGAGCGCCCCUUCCAUUGCAACGCCUGUGGAAAAUCCUUCGUGGUGUCAUCAAGCCUGAGGAAGCACGAGCGGACCCAUCGAAGCAGCGAGGCCGCAGGGGCUCCCCCACAACAGGAGCUGGUAGUGGGGUUGGCGCUGCCUGUGGGUGUGGCGGGUGAGGGCUCAGCCACCUCAGCAGCAGGGGCUGGGCUAGGGGAACCUCCUGCAGGACUGCUAGGGCUGCCCCCGGAGUCUGGGGGUGUAAUGGCUACACAGUGGCAAGUAGUGGGCAUGACAGUGGAGCACGUGGAGUGCCAGGAGGCUGGUAUUGGGGAGGCUGCUGGUGCCCUGGGAGGGACAGGCGAGGUGGGGGGUGAGGAGGUUGACGAGAAGCCCCCACAGUUUGUGUGCCGCGAGUGCAAGGAGACCUUCUCCACACUGACACUGCUGCGGCGGCAUGAGCGGUCACACCCGGAGCUCCGGCCCUUUCCCUGCACCCAGUGCGGAAAGAGCUUCUCAGACCGGGCUGGGCUGCGCAAGCACAGCCGUACCCACAGCUCUGUGCGCCCCUACACCUGCUCCCACUGUCCCAAGGCUUUCUUGAGUGCCAGCGACUUGCGCAAGCAUGAACGCACCCACCCUGUGCCCAUCGGAACCCCCACACCCCUGGAGCCCCUUGUGGCUUUGCUAGGAAUGCCUGAAGAGGGGCCGGCCUGAAGCCCAUGCCCCCCAGUCCACCACACUUCCAGGAGCCCAGCACCCAUGGGGUACCUCCUGAGCCUCCUUUUGCCCCAGCUCACUCUUGAGACUCCAGAUCCUUGCCCCUGGGCAACUAGCUUACCUGUUGCUCAGCUAAGAUAGCUGGGGACGGUGGAAUCUGGCAGCAGCUGUGAGAGACUUGAUUCUCUCUGAGCAACACUCAUUAAAGCUUUCACUUUGGCA